AUGGAAAACGCCGACCCUUUCCUCCAAGUCCAGGCGGACGUCCUAUCGACGCUGCAGUCCAGCCGGCCGCUGUUCUCCUCAUACCUCCGUAUCCGGUCACUGGCCAAAAGCCCCUCAAAUCCCGAGCUGAAGCAAGCCCGAUCCGAGCUCGAGACCACACUGACCGAGUUAACCGCGGAUCUGGACGAUCUGAUCGAGAGCGUGCGCGCAAUCGAGCUCGACCCCUAUCGCUAUGGCCUGGAGCUGGAGGAGGUGCAGCGGCGCCGGAAACUCGUCGACGAUGUCGGGGCAGAAAUCGAGAAGAUGCGCCAGGAGCUACAGCAAACCGUUUCGACUGCAGAUGCUGCAUCGAACUUACCCAACCCGGCGGACUUUGACGCUGCGCUCGACGAAGAAGAUCAACGGCGCGGCGGGGACGAUUACUAUGCUUCUAUGGAGCAGCAGCGCCAGACCGAGCUGAUGCAUGAGCAGGAUGAGCAGCUGGACGGCGUGUUUCGGACGGUGGGCAACCUCCGCCAACAGGCCAAUGAUAUGGGUCGCGAGCUGGAGGACCAGGCUGGCAUGAUCGACGAGGUUGACACAUUGGCGGACCGCGUGGGCGGCAAACUGAACACGGGCAUGGCGCGGAUCCGACACAUCGUACGCAAGAAUGAAGACACAAUGUCCUCCUUCUGCAUCGCAGCGCUCAUCUUCGCCCUCGUCCUCGUAUUGAUUCUUCUCAUCGUUCUGUGA